UCAUUUCCUCAAUCCAAAGUUCACCCCUUGAUUUCACCUUCUCAUUAGCUUUUUUAUCGUUCAUUUCCUGACAUAUUUCUAUACAAACAGAUAAAAUAUGGUAAGAAUUCCUUCCUGUGACAAGUUAAACCUCAAAAGAGAUCUCUGGACUGCAGAGGAAGAUGCUAAAAUACUUGCAUAUGUGUCAAAACACGGCACGAGCAACUGGACCUCUGCUCCAAAGAAAGCAGGAUUAAGAAGAUGUGGAAAGAGCUGUAGACUUAGAUGGACCAAUUACUUAAGGCCUGAUCUUAAGCAUCAAAACUUCACAUCCCAAGAAGAGGAAUUGAUUAUCAGACUUCAUGCAGCAAUUGGUAGCAGAUGGGCUAUAAUAGCUCAGCAACUUCCUGGAAGAACAGAUAAUGAUGUGAAGAAUUACUGGAACACGAAACUGCGAAGAAAGCUUUCUGAAAUGGGAAUCGAUCCAGUUACUCACAAGCCAUUCUCCCAAAUAUUAGCUGAUUAUGGAAAUAUCGGUGGCCUCCCAAGAUCCACCAAGAGAAUUGGAUCUCUCAGUAGAGAAAUGAAAACUUCGGCCUAUAUGAAACCAGAACACCACUCAAACUCAGCUCAAGGACUUGUAGAUUUGUUGACGCCGUCGAUGUUAUUGCCAGAAACUGAACCUGUGAUGGACAAGUCCAUGAAUGACAAUGUCCACCAAUUAAACAACAACCAUCCUUUGAAUCUUUUGGCUCAGCUGCAAGCAAUGCAGCGGGUAACAGAAGCUUCACAUUGCACUUUUAAUGAACAAAUUCAACCUCAUUUCUAUACUCAAAGCUAUUUACCAUCUUCAUCCUCAUCUUCUUCCUCUACCACAACUGUUACUUGUAGAAAUACUUCCUCAACCUUUAGCUGGCAGGAUUUUCUUCUCGAAGAUGCGUUUUUACCGUCCGAGCCUCGAGAACACGAAAAUGUAGGUGAGUGUUCUUUGAAUCAAAAUGGUUGCCAAACAGAAAACGAGAUAUCAAAAGAAGAGCUGAACAAAGAGAUAUGUGAUUAUCAAUACAACAGAUUUGAAGCAAUGCAUUGCUUGGUUGAAAACAAUGAUAUUGAAGCUUCAUCAUCAUCUGCUGAAAACACAUUCAUAGAAACUUUGUUACAUCAAGAGGACAAGAUCAUUUUAUUUGACUUCCUUAAUCUUUUAGAGGAACCACUUUACUAAUAAUUGUCAAUUUUUUUCUUCUGUUUUUACCUUGAUCCCUAUGAUGAUGUUUGCAAUAAUCAUGUUCCAAUCAAAAAUUUAAAAAGAAAAAAUGGAGU